AUGGCAACUGUAGAAUUAACUAAAAAAAGCCAGUCAAAGGCUAAACGAAGAUCUAUGCCUGCAAAUAUAGGUCAUCGCACGGAUUUUUUGAAUGAAGAAAAACAAUCUAGUUCUAGUACUUCUAUGCAAAUAACAACAAUCGAAGAAAAUGAUCAUCACAUUCUUGAUUUGUUGUUAAGCGAAAGUUUCAGUGACGCUGAAUUGGGCUUAGAUCAACCUUUGGAACCAACUAAAUAUACCUUCGAAGAGAGUGGUUCAUGUAGCAAUAAUAACAUCGAAACUAAUGUUCAGUCAAGAGAAGUAUCCAUUUCACAAGACCUAGGAGAAUCGUCAAUUUCAAAUCCUGAAAGAGAGGAAAUAAACAAUGUAUUAAUAUCACAGGAUGUUAUUGAAUCUUUAACUAGUGUAAAGCAUGUUGCACUCAUAGCAUUAGAUAGUCUUCUACGUCAAAUUGUUGCGGAUCACAAUUCUUAUAUUAUGACAUCUGAAAUAAGGUCAACACAUUCAAAAAUGGAUUCUUGGAGAAAACGUUCUUUCUCUUUUAGUGAUUCUCUGUCACAAAAUGCUAAUCCUGUAUUAGAACAUUUACCCCAAGAAGAGAGAAAUUCCUGGAUAAGAUCUCAACUAUUGGCUGAUAUUGCUCAAAAUGCAACAAUGUUGAGUACUGGAAAUGAAAUGUUACAAAUCGAUUCAAAACAACUAUAUUCACCUGAUGUUGCUACACUUGAUAUAAUUCGGCGUCAGUUAAAUUCGAGUAGUUCUGUUAUUUUAAGUGAUAAUUAUAGCUUAGCAUGUACUUUGGCUGCCUUACUUGGAUAUUUGUAUAGAAUAUUAGAAUUAUGUGAUUCUAAAAAUCCUAAUCCAUGUUCUACAUCUGAAUUAUCAAAUACUAUCCAAGCUUCUGAAGAAAUUUUACAAUCUACUUCAAAUGAAGAUAUUUAUAGUACUUUACAUAAAGAAGUAACAACUUUACAAAAUCGUCGUGCAAGUUUAAAUUUAUAUAACAAUGUUACAGAUGAGCGUCUUGCAACUUGGAAUGAAAUUGAUCGAUUAAUGGAAGUUGUUGCUGCUUUAUGUCAUGAAAGAUCCAAUAAUGAUCCACCUCCUGAAUAUUCAAAUAACCUUACAGAAGGUGAUUAUGAAGCUGUAGUUGAUCCGCCAAAAUAUCCAUUAGUUAAUCGUGUUUAUAAUGUGGCUCCUCAACUUAAUAAUCAACGUGUAGAACUUAGUCAACGUCAAAAGAAAAGAUUAACCGCCGCAACUUUAUCAAAUGUCAUUCAGAAACUAUCUCGUGGACGUCUUGAAGAACAACGCGCUGAUUCUUCAUCUAUUGUAAAAUAUCAAACAUUGAAUCGACUUGUUGACCAAAUAAACAAGGCUGCUGAAAGAAGUUUUGUGGACCAGCGUGUUGAACUUAGUCCUCGUCAAAUUCGACAACAUGAAGUUGCUAAACUAAACGGUAUUAUUGAACGUCUUGAAAAAAAUAGAAUGACAAAUCAACUUCUUAUUCGGGAUUUGACAAGACUUACAAAUGAAUUGACAAGAACAAGUGCUGACACUAUUUAUGCCUCUCAACGAUAUAAACUCUCACCUGAUAAAGAAAGAGAUAUGUUUAUGAACAGUAUAAUCAAAAAAGUUGAAAAAAUGCAAUCAUAUCGUAUGGAAGAUCAGGACGCAGAAUCACCUACUGAACGUAAAGAACGCGCAUGGAAGGAAAUCGAAAACGUGCUUACUAAACAACAAUAUAGUCCCUCCAUGAACUAUCAGCGUGCCACAUUGACCCCCAAGAAACAAAUUUUUAAUUAA